AUGAUCUAUGACGUUGUCGUCGUUGGAGCUGGUAUCUCAGGUUUGUGUGCAGCCAACGCUAUCAAAAAAGCCGGGAAAAAUUGUUUAGUCGUGGAAGCAUCUGAUUAUGUGGGUGGGCGGAUCAAGCAGGUCGAUGGUUUUGCCGAUUGGCCCAUCGACCUCGGAGCCGAAAUCAUCCAUGGAAAAGGUGUUAUAUAUCAGCUUGCUAGGGAAAAAAAUUGGGAAUUUUGCCAAGUUUUUCUUCCCCCUUCCAUACAUCGAAAAAAUUUAGACGUUUGUCAUGAAUGGUUUUGGUUUAAUCGAGAAUGCAAACUGAUUGCUUCUAAUAAGCCAGAUGAUGAUAUGGAAAAGCUCAUUCAUGUUUUGAACGAUCUUGCGUCUCAAGGUAACACUUUUUCCAAUGUUAGUCUUCAUCAAUAUCUAGUUGACCAUCAUGUUCCUAUGAGAGUGAUUGGAAUAGCAGACGCACUAUGGGGUAAAUAUUGUGGGUCUCAGAUUGACCUUAUUGGAACCAACGAGGCAAGAGAGGAAUUAGCGCUUGAAUUUGACCCUUCUUUUGAUAAUGAAGAUCAUUGCAAUUAUCGUCUUUUGCAAUCUUUUCGUGUUAUUAUUGAACAUUUGAAAAAAUCUUUAGAAAUUCUUCUUUGCUGGCAAGUGAAACAGCUGGAUGUCUUAGGUUCUGUUACUGACCCGAAGAAGAUUGUACUUACUAAUCAAUUAGGUGAAACAGUUGAAGCAAAACGCGUUAUUCUUACGGUCCCUUUAACAGUUUUAAAGGAUCGAGAUAUUCAAUUUAACCCGCCCCUUCCUAUUGAAAAGCAAGAGGCAAUCCGUAGAAUAGGAAUGGACCAUGCAACAAAGAUUUUCCUUAAAUUUUCAGAGCGCUUUUGGCCAAGCGAGAUUAAAUUGGUCAUUUGUGGAGACUCUUUUGUACCAGAGCUCUGGAUAGAUGGCGGGACAUUUAGAGGUCCAGAUGCACCAUGGGUGGUUGUUGGGUUUUUGACAGGAGACUCUUCACGUGCCGUAGAAGCCAUUGACAAUACAGAAACUGUCAUCCACCACUUUCUGAGCCAACUAAAUCAAAUGUUUGGCGAUUUCAAUGACCCUAGUCCGGCUCAUCGAUACUAUUUAAAAGGACUUGUAUACAAAUGGGCGGAUUCUCCAUUCAUUCGAGGUGGAUACUCAUAUCCAAAACUUGGCUGCCUAGGUGACAAAGAAACACUAGCAAAGCCAAUAUGGAACUGCCUGUUUUUUUCUGGGGAGGCUACGUCCUACACUCAGGAUUUCGGGACCUUGGAUGCGGGGCUUGUUACUGGAAAAAAAGCUGCUAUGCAGGCUUUAGAUUCACUCAAAUAA